ACAAAGCCAUGCCCCAUCUGCAUCCAUCCCACAAGCACCAACAACAGCAGUGAUAUAAAAUUUGAAAAGCUAACUUGGUCUUUGGAUCCAGAUCUCAUGAUUUCCGACUAUAAACAAAACAUGGUUCUACGAUCCCAACACUCUCUCCCUCCCCUCUCCAAUCCCAACAUGGGGUUGCCUUCACACACACGUACCAUCUACACUAGUCUCACCACCUUCACCUCUCUAAUUCUCUUCCUCACCACGAGCUCUUCCUUCUUCCGCUGCUGCCUAUCCAUUGAUGAGCAGGGCCUGGCUCUCCUGUCAUGGAAGCAAACUCUGAACAGCUCCACAGAUGCACUCAAGUCUUGGAGGUCCUCGGACCCCAAUCCAUGCAGAUGGUUUGGAGUCACCUGCAACUCCAAACUGAAAGUCAUCGGCCUGAGCAUCAACUCGUCCAAUCUGCAAGGCCCAUUGCCUUCCAAUCUUCAACCUCUCAAGUCACUCAAGACGCUUGUUCUCUCUGCCACCAACAUCACCGGCCCAAUUCCCAGAGAAUUCGGCGACUACCACGACCUCGCCUUCGUCGACCUCAGCAGAAACCAAAUCUCCGGCGAGAUCCCAGCCGAAGUCUGCAAGCUAAGCAAACUCGAGUCGCUUGCACUGAAUUCCAACUCGCUCCAAGGUGCCAUUCCUGCCAACAUCGGAAACCUCUCCAGCCUCACGUACUUGACUCUUUAUGACAACUCACUGAGCGGCGAGAUCCCGGCCAGCAUCGGACAAUUGCAGAAGCUCGAGGUUUUCCGGGCCGGCGGGAAUCAAAAUCUCAAAGGCUCGUUACCUGCCGAGAUUGGAAACUGCAGCAGCUUGGUCAUGUUAGGCCUCGCAGAAACCGGCAUAUCAGGGAAGCUUCCGUCUACAAUUGGAUUGCUCAAAAGGCUUCAAACCAUAGCAAUCUAUACCGCUCUGCUGUCUGGUACGAUCCCGGAUGAGGUUGGCAAUUGCACCGAGCUGACCAACCUGUAUCUGUAUCAGAAUUCUCUGUCAGGCCCAAUUCCUCCCCAGAUUGGCAAGCUCCAAAACCUUCAGAGUCUGCUAUCAUGGCAGAACAACUUGGUGGGCUCGAUCCCGCCAGAGCUCGGCCGAUGCAAACAGCUAGUCCUCGUCGACUUGUCGAUGAAUCUUCUAACCGGGAGUAUUCCGCGGAGCAUCGGGAACCUAGCAAAUCUCCAACAGCUUCAACUGAGUACUAAUCAGCUGACGGGCGUGAUACCGCAGGAGAUCUCGAACUGCGCGGCGCUGACUGAUCUCGAGAUCGACAACAACGAGCUCUCCGGCGUGAUCCAAAUCGAUUUCACGAAGCUGGAAAAUCUCACUCUGUUCUACGCUUGGCAGAACAGGCUGACCGGGAGCAUUCCUGCCAGUUUAGCCCAGUGCCGGAAUCUGCAGUCGGUCGAUCUCUCUUACAACAAUCUGACCGGGUUGAUUCCCAAGGAGCUAUUCGGAUUGCAGAAUCUCACCAAAUUGCUUCUCCUGUCGAACGAACUGUCGGGAUUCCUGCUGCCUGAUAUCGGCAACUGCACGAAUCUUUUCCGGCUCCGGCUGAACGGUAACCGGCUCGCAGGUGCCAUUCCGGCGGAGAUUGGCAGUCUGAGGAACCUGAAUUUUCUUGACAUGAGCAACAACCUGUUUGCAGGCCCGAUUCCGGCUGCAAUAUCCGGUUGUGACUCCCUUGAAUUCGUCGACCUCCACUCCAAUGCUCUGACUGGAGGGCUGCCGGAGUCGUUACCGAAGAGCCUACAGUUCAUCGACGUCUCUGACAAUAGGCUCACUGGACCGUUAAGCCCCGGUAUCGGAUCACUUCCGGAGCUGACGAAGCUCGUCAUGGGGAGGAAUCAGCUCUCUGGUCAGAUUCCAGCGCAGCUUGCAUCAUGCAGCAAGCUACAGCUGCUAGACCUCGGUGAUAACUCCUUCUCCGGCGGGAUACCGGGCGAACUAGGCCAACUUCCCGCCCUCGAGAUCUCACUUAAUCUCAGCUGCAAUCAUCUUUCCGGCGAGAUCCCAACCCAGUUCUCUGCACUUGAGAAGCUCGGAUGCCUUGACAUUUCCCACAAUGAGCUUUCCGGCAACCUCGACGUGCUCGCCGCUCUCCAGAACCUCGUCACGUUGAACGUGUCCUUCAACGCCUUCUCUGGCGAAGUGCCCGACACUCCUUUCUUCAGGAAGCUCCCGCUCUCCGUUCUUGAAGGCAACCAUGGGCUGUUCAUCACCAAGGGCCCCGCGACGCAAGAACCACAGAGCAGAGCAACCAUUUCGGCCCUGAAGCUCGCCAUGUCGGUUCUGAUCAGCGUCAGCGCCGUGCUGUUGCUGGCGGCCGCCUACUUGCUCCUACGCGCUCGUGCUGUCCCGAGCGGAGAGGCCGACGACACUUGGGAGAUCACGCUCUACCAAAAGCUGGAGUUCUCGGUGGACGAUGUAGUCCGGAGCCUGACGUCGGCGAACGUUAUCGGGACCGGAAGCUCCGGGGUGGUCUACAAGGUCGGAACUUCGAACGGUGGUACCCUGGCCGUCAAGAAGAUGUGGUCGUCGUCCGAGUCGGGGGCGUUCCGCAACGAGAUCACGGCCCUGAGCACGAUAAGGCACCGGAACAUCGUGCGCUUGCUGGGAUGGGGGGCCAACCGGAGCACCAAACUGUUGUUUUACAAUUACCUGCCGAACGGGAGCUUGAGCGGAUUCCUUCACCGAAGAGGGAAGGCGCCGGUGGAGUGGGAGUCGAGGUACGAGAUCGUGAUCGGGCUGGCUCACGCCAUCGCCUAUCUGCACCAUGACUGUGUGCCCGCCAUCUUGCACGGAGAUGUGAAGGCCAUGAACGUGUUGCUGGGGCCGAGAUUUGAACCAUAUUUGGCGGACUUUGGCCUGGCCAGAGUACUAAGCGGAGAUGAUACUGCUCACAAGUUGGGGUCUAAGACUUCGCCUCGUAUCGCUGGUUCCUACGGAUACAUAGCUCCAGAGUAUGCUUCGAUGCAACGGAUAACAGAGAAGAGUGAUGCCUACAGCUAUGGCGUAGUCUUGCUUGAAGUUCUAACAGGAAGGCAUCCACUGGACCCGUCGCUGCCCGGCGGAAUGCAUUUGGUCGAGUGGGUUCGAGACCACUUGCAGAGAAAUCGUGAUGACGUCGACCUGCUCGACGCGAGGCUGCGCGGCCUACCCGAGCAUCAAACACAAGAAAUGCGGCAGGCGCUCGCGAUCUCGGUCCUCUGCGUCAGUGCCCGAGCCGACGACCGGCCGAUGAUGAAGGAUGUGGUGGCGAUGUUGAAGGAGAUCAGGCGGCCGGUGAACGACGAGCCCAAGGACUCAGCAGGCUGCGCGGCCGCUGAUACUCCGGCCCGGAAGGUGAAGUUGCGAGGUUCUUCAAACUGCUCAUUUGCAAUGUCAGAUUACUCUAGCUAACAAUUUUGGAAUGACUUGAUUCUUCUACAGCUAGCUUCCAUAACUAUAUGUAAAUCAAUCAUAAAAAAAUGGUGUAAUGUUUUGUGGG